CCAGGAACUCACGGGACUCUAUAUGGUUUAGGGUUACACUACAUAAGCUCUCAUAUUAAAACCAAAGCCAGGACUCUCAGAGCAGCUCCUCUUUGUUGAAAACCCUAGGAAGCGGCAACAAUGGCAGACGUUGAGGUCGAUGUCGCGGCAGGAGGCCAACCCAAGAAGAGGACGUUCAAGAAGUUCAGUUUCAGGGGCGUCGAUCUCGACGCGCUUCUCGACAUGUCCACUGAUGAACUCGUGAAGCUCUUCAGUGCUCGCGCUCGUAGAAGGUUCCAGAGAGGUCUCACCAGAAAGCCCAUGGCCUUGAUUAAGAAGCUUCGCAAAGCGAAAAGGGAAGCUCCCCCAGGUGAGAAGCCAGAACCAGUUCGCACCCACCUCCGUAACAUGAUCAUUGUGCCUGAGAUGAUUGGUAGCAUUAUUGGAGUAUACAAUGGCAAGACUUUUAACCAGGUUGAAAUCAAACCCGAGAUGAUUGGGCAUUAUCUGGCUGAGUUCUCUAUUUCAUACAAGCCCGUUAAGCACGGAAGACCUGGUAUUGGUGCUACUCACUCAUCCAGGUUCAUUCCUCUCAAGUAAAAUCUGUUCCGGGGAAGUUACAUUUUAGUUUGUAGUGGCUCUGAAGUAAACCUUCAACUCCCAUCAGAGAUUUUGUUUUGUUGUUUGAGCAUUUGAUUUUCAGUUUGCCUAUUUAUGUUUUGACGAUGGUUUAUCAUGACUUGAUUCCAUAGUAUCAACAUUUUACUGUUUAAUUUUGUGAAGUCAAAUUUAUUUUGAUAAGUUGACGCGUUUAUUGUGAGA